AUGAUGUUUGCGGGCUGUUUGCUCGCUGUUCUCAUCAGCAGUAUCUUCCUGCUUGGAUCCAUGCUCAGAAGCAGAUCGAAUCAAAUUGGAUUUGGAUUGAGAUCUCGCAACCUCGGUGGUGGAGACAAGAAUCAAACGGAUGUGUUCAAGGGAGAUAUCACGGUGGACUUCUACAGGACCUAUCAAGAAAGGCAACUCUUGGGCAUUUCAUGGAAAGAUUUCUCCAUCUCGAAAUCUUGUAUCCGACGACAAAUUGACCAGCUGGACGUUUUGUACCAAGGAAGAAUCAACUUCCACCUCGGCAGCAUUUACGAGGUGGAUGAUGCCUACUACCAUACUCCACGCGUGUGUUUUGAUUAUCGCGACCACUUUUUGAACAGUGAUCACAUCAAUGAUCUUUUCCGUGUGUCCGUGCUGGUGGUCAGGGAGAUGGGCACCCCAAACCUGGGGUGUGCCUUCGUAGAUGCCCCACUGGGUGGCAAGAUCAGCGACUCUGGGGAAAGGGUGGCCCCUAUUCUCGUCAUGUCCGCUGCAACGACCUAUGUUCCAGCCUUUUUAUCGAAUCUUGGAAUUCCAUUCUUUGGUGGCUAUCUUGUAAGCCACGAAAUGGGCCACGUUCUCGGAUUUGCACAUACGGCUACCCAGCCCGAGUUUAUACCGAAUGGAUUAGUCUACAGCUAUACGAGCUGUGGAAGCGCCGGGCAGGUGCGAUAUCCUGUCUUCAGCAUUCAAGUCCCAGAAGGAGCAAAAGACGGCGUAAUAUGGGACGGUGUCACUGGAGACCGCUACGAUUAUGAAGAGUGGAAAGGACGAACCAACAACAUGGCGUCAUUCAACACGUAUCAAGUUUUUCAACCGUGGAAGGUCUCUCUCUUUCGUGACGCCUAUAGCUCAAGCUUCGAUGAUAUCAUUGUUUGUUGGUUUGAACAAUCUGCCCAAAACGCUGUCGGUGUCAGACCAUGA